AUGGCGCCUUUGCUAGACAUCCGACUCGGUUUCAUAGGCCUUGGGGCCAUGGGCCAACCAAUGGCACGCCGUCUGCUGGAUGCCCUCCCGGCAACUGGCGAACUAGCAGUCUACGACGUAGCGACGGCCGCGAUAGAUGAGCUGGUCUCGAGUUAUCCAGGUCGGGUGUACAAAGCAUCAUCGCCGCGGCAAGUCGCUGAACGAGCUGAAUUCACCAUUACCAUGGUACCGGAGGGCCGCCACGUCGAGUCGGUAUAUCUGGACGCCGACACUGGCUUAAUAUCGACCGACCUCUCCAAGCAUACAUUGGUGGAUUGCUCGACUAUUGACAUGACCACAAACCGACUCGUGGCGCAUCAGCUCAGAACACGUUUCCCAACAGCAAAGUUCUUUGAUGCGCCUGUAUCGGGAGGCGUCAUUGGCGCGGAGAAGGGAACUUUGGCUAUUUUCCUUGGCUGCGCCGAGUCUGACAGCUCCUUUGAAUCAAUCCUGGGCGUGCUCGGCAUCCUGGGCAAGCAAAUCAUCCCCUGCGGCGGACCGUCUCUGGGCUUGGCUACAAAGCUGUCCAACAACUACCUCUCCGGUCUCAUCGCAAUUGCUACCUCUGAGGCUCUCAACAUGGGCAUGCGAGCAGGACUGGAUCCGGCGACGCUUUCCAGGGCCUUCAGCGCAGGGACGGCCCAGAACGCCAUCUGCGACAGGUUCAACCCCGUUCCCGGCGUUGUUGCUGAUGCCCCGUCGAGCAAGGGUUAUGCUGGCGGUUUCAAGGUGCAGUUGAUGCGCAAGGACUUUGCUCUGGCCGUUGACUUGGCCAAGGCCGUGGGCGCAAAACUGGUCCUUGGCGAUGCAGGCUUGGACACUUACACGGCAGCGAGCAAUGAUCCCGUGUGCCACAACUUGGACUCCAGAGUGGUGUAUAGGUACUUGGGAGGGAAGGAAAACUGGCAGCAAGAAGUCUAUGAAAAGAAUGGCACGUCUGCAUCCUAG